GAUUAAAACACAACCAAUCACCAGCUAACACUCAGAAGUAAGACAGAGCAUGGCAGGCCAGGAGACCAACAAGGAGACAUCCUCACCAGAAGUAAGACAGAGCAUGGCAGGCCAGGAAACCAACAAGGAGACAUCAGAAACCUCAGAACAGUCUGACUCUCACUCCUCUUAUGUUAUACUGCAGGACAACUCUACUCUUCCGAACAAAUCAGAACCAGAGCUACAUGUAGAACAAAGCGCUGAACAAACAGAACAAAGAGCACAUCCCAGCACAUCCCAGCCAGAACAAAGCAAACCCUACUGCUCUUUCUUCCAAGAAGGCAAAUGUAGAUUUGGAGAUUCCUGCUUGAAUCUGCACGAAACAGACCCCAACCACAAACCUAAACAGAAACGCAAAAACAAGAAAGUGAAAAAGAAAUCAGCCGAGGAAGAAGAAGAAACAUGUUCGAAAUGCAGGAAACAAAAGAAAAAGCUGAGAACAGUGAUGGAUGUAGUGAACAGAGUGCAGUGGGACGAACAAUAUAAUCCGGAACACUUCAUUGUAGGAUAUCUGGAUAGGUUUGACGGGCUAGUGGAGGAAGAAUUCCUGAACUUUGAUUGGAGUGACGUGACGACAGUGGACGAUUGGGAGAGUUUCUGUAUCCCCAAACACAGAGUCUACUACUUCAAACAGAACGGAGAGGUAGUGUGGGACAGGAAGACAAGGACUGAUAAGAUAUUUACUGAUAGAGAGAUUAAAUGUGAUCAGUGCGAUACAACGUAGCUGUAAAUCUUAGGUUUAUUAAUAAUAGGAAUAAAGUUCUUGUAAUCGAGUGAUGUACUUGGAUUGCACACGGAGAAUUCGGGUUUGAACAAUUUGUAGAUAUAAUUAUAAUUGCUUUAAUUUUUAUCCAUUUACUUGCACACGUGUUUUGAUGAUAUCUGUUUGUAAUUGUAACUUUUUAUUUGUUGUUGCUCGUUAGGUUUAGUAAAAUG